UGGACCAAUGAGCGAGCAGCUCUACACACUCUGCGCUCUGAUUGGGUGCCUGGUUUUCUCCUGUGCAGCGGACUCAGGGGUGUGUGGGACAUCUUUGCCUGCUGUGGUCCGGAUUUUCAACUUCAGAUCCAGUGAUUAAGAUGGAGGUCAGACCUCUGUUCAUGUGCUUUGCGCUGUGCGUGGUCUACGCCACCAGCAAGCCCACAGAGAAGAAGGACCGUGUGCACCAUGAGGCACCACUGAGCAGCAAGGAGCACAACGAUGCUGAAAACUUUGACUAUGACCAUGACGCUUUCCUUGGAGAAGACGUGGCCAAAUCCUUUGAUGACCUAACCCCGGAAGAGAGCAAGGAGAGACUCGGCAAAAUUGUGGAUAAGAUAGAUGCUGAUCAGGAUGGCUUUGUGACAGAGGAAGAGCUUAAGGAAUGGAUUAAAAAAGCCCAGAAGAAGUACAUCUAUGACAACGUGGACAGACAGUGGAAGGAUUUCGACAUGAACAACGAUGGCAAGAUCUCUUGGGAUGAGUACAAGAACGUCACAUACGGCACCUACCUCGAUGACCCCGAGCCGGACGAUGGCUACAACUACAAGCAGAUGAUGGCCAGAGAUGAGCGACGUUUUAAGAUGGCAGACAGAAAUAGUGACAGUAUUGCAGACAAAGAGGAGUUCACUGCUUUCCUUCAUCCUGAGGAGUAUGAACACAUGAAAGAGAUUGUGGUGCUGGAAACAAUGGAGGACAUUGAUAAGAAUGGGGAUGGAUUUAUUGAUCUGGAAGAGUACAUUGGUGAUAUGUACAACCAUGAAGAUGAAAUGGAUGAACCAGAAUGGGUAGCUACAGAGCGCGAGCAGUUCUCUGAAUUCAGAGACAAGAACAAGGACGGAAAGAUGGACAAAGAGGAGACAAUGGACUGGAUCCUGCCUGCUGACUAUGACCAUGCUGAAGCCGAGGCCAAGCACCUGGUCUACGAGUCUGAUUCCAACAAGGAUGGCAAACUGACCAAAGAGGAAAUAAUCAACAAGUAUGACUUGUUUGUGGGAAGUCAAGCCACUGACUUUGGUGAAGCAUUAGUACGACAUGAUGAGUUUUAGAUAUUUUUUUUGUAGUUGAAUAGCUAAGAACUUUUUAACUUGAGCUGGUAAGUAAUAUAAUUUAUUUUAUAUGGCAUAAUUUUUCAACACUAAAGCAUCAGAUAGCACAGAAUAAUACUGUUUGUUGUUUGUUGUGCACUCACAUUUAUACUUCCUUUUAUUUUUUUUACAUUUGUUUCUGGUUGUUGUUAUUUUUGGAAAUGGGAGAUUUUGCUUCAGUCUUGGAUUUAUGGCUUCUAUAUUCCAUAAUUUCAAUGUAUUAACUACCAUACAUGUGUAUACAUGUUCAUAUUACAAAGAAGUAAUAUUGUAUAUUGAUUUGUACUGUAUAGAGGCACGACUGUCAUAGGUGCACUCUGGGGCUGUUCACUGUUAUUCUCCGAAAGCAGUGAGUGGAAUUUUUGGAAAGUGUCCAUGUCACACUAAUGCUACAAAAGACCAUGUUCAGGCUGUACUCAUAUGUAUCUAAUGAUUUCCUCUACCAUCUGCAUCCUUGAAUAUUUCAUGAGAUGGCCCCUGUGUUAUUCAGAUAUUUUCUCCUUGUUGCAAUUCGUGCCUUUCAUUCUGCUCACUUGGUAUCCAGUUUGUAAAAAGGGAACUGGAUAUAACCCACCCUGUACUGUUCUGUUACUGUCACCCCUGAGGAAAUGUAUGGCAAGGUUGGUAUUUGGAUUAGCAACUGGUUCAAUUUUUUGAGUUGAAUCCAAAGAUAAUGUGUUCAGAUAAACUCAGAGCUGCUGUAGAACCUUCACUAGCUUCUUACUUGAGUUUAGAUUGUUAAAGGAGCCACAGAGACGAGUUGCAUCCCUUGCUGCUUUUUUGGCUCAUUCAGGCCCUGAUUACGCUUAUGUCCUAUGAGCGUAAUCACUGUAUUUCAUUUCAGUUCUGUAUGUAUUGUGGUUUCUCGCAAAUGAGGAGUUUUUAUAUCCUGUAUGAGCACCUAACAUUUCAAAUGAUCUCUAAACUGUUUCUCAGUAAAACAUCAAUGAGUACACA